AUUUAUCACGUUCAAGGAAUUAACCUACGAUGUGAAUGUUGCUCGAUCGUUUCACAGAAACCGAAUAGGAGAUUAUAACCAAUUGUUAUAUUUUUGUGAAUUACUUAGCAUGUAUAUAUUAAAUACUUCUUAAAAACAAAUAUUUAAUCUUGUUUCUGUAAUCGUUUUUGUGUAUGAAUAUAUAUUAAGAUACAAGAUUAUGUAACAGUUUUUCCGCUUUAUUUUAAGGAUCUUAUUUUUGAUUCUAUAAAAAUAAGUGCUUAUAAAUUAUCCUGAUUUCAUCUGUGAAAAUUUAUACAUUUACUGCAGAUUUUCUGUUACAAACUCUCAGUAUAGAAUGUCUUUUCCGAAUAAAGAGGAGCGUACAAAGUGUUGGAAUUGCAGAGAUGAAUAUUGGAAAUGUCUUGAUGAUGGUAAAACAGAAGCAGAAUGUAAGAAAUUCAGAGACCAGUAUGAAAAGUUUUGUUCUCAAAUAUGGGUAAAACACUUUGAUCGUAAACGAGAGUUUAUAAAAUUCAAAGAGCAAAUAGAACAAGGGGGGUAUGUGCCUGAAGACUCAAUUCCAGCUCGGAACUAAUGUAGCGAUUAUAAUUUAUAAGUUAUUGCAAUUUAAACUAAUGCUGUGGAACUGUUCACAUUAAGUUUACAUAUUUUUGUUAUUUAUAAUAAACCAAAUGCUAGAAAGUAA